UCGCCUCGCAUGCUCUUGGGGUGACGUCUGUUGCCUGACCGUCUCGUGCUGCUUCUUGCAUCAUCAUGAAGCCCAAAUGAAAUUUUGAUUAUCGUUUUAGCGACAGUGACUUGUUUGAAUCUAUACCUACACACCUACAGAACACCAAAGUACCUAUACAGAAACCGAGCUCUACCGCGAUUACGACGUCACGGAGAUAACGCCAUGUCUCGAUUCUCCCGCUACGACACCGACGAAGAGCGCCUCCCCGAGGGCAUGACCCGCGUCGGAUACGAUGCCGACACUCAGGUCUACACUUUUCAGGACGCCGACGGGAGCUACUGGGAAUCCGCGCCGGGCUCUCAGUACGGACGCCUGACGAGAGUCGGAUCCGGCCCAGCCGACCAUGGCGACGACGACAGCGAUUCGGAUCCGUUCCUCGCGGGCCAGGCCGCAGCGCAACCGAAAGUUUCGUGGCGGCACGACAUGAUGCCGCUGCUGAAUUUCGGAGUCUUGGUCGGACUGUCGCUGCUUGUGCUCUUUUGGUUCAUUGGGCGCAAGCCGGCGGAGGAGAAGCUGGAGGUUGUUACGUGCGAGCAUAGCGUGACGAUUCAGGAGAAUGAUAAUUGUUGGGAUAUUGCGCAGGCGGCGGGGAUGAGUGUUGAUGAGAUUUUGGGGAUGAAUACGGGGUUGGAUUGUGGGAAGCUUGUGAUUGGGCAUACGAUUUGUUUGAAGAGGGGGGAUGUGAAGGAGGCGGUGGAGUGAUGUGGCUUGACUUACAACAGCUGUUACUUGUGCUCUUGAAUCUGCGUUUCUAAACAAUGGAUGAAACGGCAUAAACUCUGGGAUGGGUUCGAUUGGCGUGCGGAGAUGAGGUUGUGUGAAUGAAACUCUCUGUUAGAUCAGGUGAGAGCUAUACUGCUGAAAGGCGAUUGAUGUUAUAUGUUGAAACUAGAAUGGUUUUUUUUAUAGCUCUGCGUCGUGUCUAGGUUUGAACUUGGAUUUUUAUCUCAUUGUACAGUGCUACAGAAGACAUAUAGGUCGUAUAAAUGCAGGUUACCAAGCGUCACAUGCCAAUAAAUGAAUUGUCUUCA